UGGACAGUAGAGGCCUGAGAUAUGCUACCGGGCGGUGCGUUCAGGGCCCUCCUCCUCCUGGUCAGCGGAGUUUCAGCUGAGAUUGUUCUGCCUCCAACUAACUUGACUGUGAGCUGCAAUAAUGUCAACGUCACUGCCAGCUGGCAAGCCAGCCGGCAGCAACCAAACACCAGGUUCAGAGUGCACUUCAGAGGGGAAGAAAAUCAAGAAACCACUGACCAUCGCUUUGAUCUGAGUCAGUUUGUAUGGAGAUCUGAAGAACGCUACAUGGAAGUCCAUUCUGUUUCUGUUACAGCCAUACUGGGAGGAAACCAGUCUGAAACAGUAGAGUCUGAAACUUUCACCUUUAACGAAUUUAAGACUUCUCAUAUAAAAUGUAAAUUAGUCUUCCCUCCCGUGGAUCUGAAAGUGAACGACUCAAUUGGCACAGUGACUUUCAGAAACCCUCUCCACUUCUACAGAGAACUGCAGCAGGUGGUCAGGAAAUUUGAAUUCGACGUCACCACUCGAGACGGUAAAAUGGUUACAGGGACAUGCCUAGGGGAUCAGAAAAACUGCCAACAUGAGAUCACUUAUCCUGAGGAUGUGAACCAGUGCGUCACACUGAGAGGACGGUUGUAUGACAGAAAAGGCAUUCGCUAUGUCGAAUUCAACGAGACGUGUCCUAUCUGUCCCGAAACGACAUCUGAAUACAAGAAACCAACAGAUCAAAGAAGAGAUAUCCAUGUGAUACUUCUUAUUGUACUGCUGCUUGUGACUUUCACCGUAGUCAGCGUGAUAAUAGUGUUUAUCUGUUUGACAAAGUCCUGGACAUUUAAGAAGGAUGAACCCAAUCUACCCAACGUUCUGAAACCCCACACAGACAUCAGGAAACAUUGUUUUACUAGGAAUGACUACAUACAAAAGUACAAUGCUGUCAUACUAAUCAAAAACAAACCCAGUGAGACUCCGUCAGUCAGCUAUGAGGACGACGACGACAACCUGCAGGGUAGCAACGAUGGAUCAGAUGUCCAUUAUCAGUACGGUUGUUACAGGGAUGGAAGAUGUUUAGAAAACAGAAACCAGGAGCUGGAGUGCAGCAGGUCAGAUGAUGACUCUGCAGACGACUCAGUGAAAACAGAGGAAAGGUCCCCCUAUGACUCCCCACAUAUUCUGCUGCUGGACAAGGUUUCCAAAAAAGAAUGAAACAACUGUCCUACGAGUGUUUUUGGGAUUAAAUGUUUCGUUGGAUGAUUUUAACUCAGGGAAUCAAGGACUGCUGUGUUGUGAUUUUGAACAAACAAAGGUUAAUCCAGGACAGUUAGGGAUUUAGUGCCUUGCCCAGAGACUCCUGAAAAGUAUGGAGGGAGUUUGUAUUUCAUGUCAAGUUUCAAGGUUUUUUGCAUUGAAAAGUGCAAAAUGCAUGUUGCUGCUCAGGAGAAACUCCUCUUCAUCCAGACACACUUUUCAGGAUUUUAUGCAACUGCUACAUAUAACAACCUACAAAUGGCUCAUGAAAAAAAGGAUGCACAAGGAUCCCAAAUCUACCUUUUUAACAACUUUUUCAAACUAUUUUUAAGGGUAUCGUUGGUUUGCCUUGAAGCUGAUUGAUGGAGAAUCAGGAAAAUUUUUAUUAAAAAGACAGUGUGCCAUUUAAAACUGCCUUUUGACUUAGAGAGAAACUGGUGAUCAUCCAGUCACCUUCAUCUGUAUGCUGUCUUGCUACAGAUUCAGCUGCUUAACUCUAAUUGCUUUUUAUCAGAUGCAGCAGCACACAGUCACAAAAGCAGCUCCUAUAUGCUUAAAAAUAUUUUAUGCCUCAGAAUUUAUGAAAUCAGAUGUAACUUUUUUUUGUUUUUGUGCACUGAAAAACUGUUGUUCAUCUAUUACAGAAAGGGCAUGUUCUUAUCUUUACAAAUAUAUUUC